AAUAAUCUGAUCCUUUUUUUCGCACAUAUGAAAAAGUAAAAAAACCGAAUGCGGCGACCGCGAUGAACGUUGACAAGGAACAAUCCGAUCGCAACCUUCCAGAACUUUCUCCACCGUCCAUGGAGAAACCUGCACCGGAGCCGGCGCCGGAACCGUCACAGCAACCGCCGAGAGAGUCUACUGCUCCGACGCCGUCCAUGACGCAGAUUAAACAUCCGCCGUCCCUGCCGCUGGUGAAACAGCCGCCGUCUCUGACGCAGGUGAAACAGACGCCGUCUAUUGAUCCCAGUGCGCUCUUUAGCGGCGGCGGUAUUAGCUUUCUGACUGGAAACAAAAAUGCUAAAUUCAGCUAUGGAUAUGCUACUUUUAAGGGGAAACGAGCCUCCAUGGAGGACUACUAUGAGACAAGCAUAUCGGAAGUUGAUGGUCAAAUGGUGGCAUUUUUUGGUGUUUUUGAUGGUCAUGGUGGUUCAAGAACAGCAGAAUACUUAAAGAACAACCUCUUUAAGAAUUUGAGUAGUCAUCCUGAUUUUAUCAAAGAUACAAAGUCAGCUAUAGUUGAAGCAUUUAAACAGACUGAUGUCGAUUACCUUAAUGAAGAAAAAGGCCAGCAAAAAGAUGCCGGUUCAACAGCGUCAACUGCUGUUCUUUUAGGUGAUAGAUUGCUUGUCGCAAAUGUGGGGGACUCUAGAGUCGUGGCUUGCAGAGAUGGUUCAGCUAUUCCUUUGUCCAUUGAUCACAAGCCUGACAGAUCGGAUGAGCGUGAAAGGAUAGAACAGGCCGGUGGUUUCAUUAUCUGGGCAGGUACAUGGCGUGUAGGUGGGGUCCUUGCUGUUUCUCGUGCAUUUGGAGAUAAAAUGCUAAAGCCAUAUGUUGUGGCAGACCCAGAGAUUCAGGAAGAAGAAAUUGAUGGUGUACAAUUUUUGAUAGUUGCGAGUGAUGGGCUUUGGAAUGUCCUUUCUAACGAGGAGGCCGUGACCAUUGUGCAGGACAUAAAAGAUGCUGAGGCAGCUUCACGUAAGCUUAUUGAAGAAGCUUAUUCAAGGGGGAGUUCAGAUAACAUCACCUGUGUGGUUGUUCGAUUUGAGAGCGCAUGAAUGGACCUUUUAAGGUCUGCCUACCUUUCCUUUACUUACAAACAUAAAGAAAAACCAAAAAGACGCGAAACUUUCUCCUCGUUGUUUUGCAACAGACUUGAGCAUUAAAAAUGAUGUUUGUCGUCAAUGCUACUCAGUCUGCAGAUAAAAGAUCCUGUAGUGAGGAUGUAGGCCUUGUAACUAGCUUAUUUUUCCAACUUUUCCAUUCUUCUGUUGAUCAUUAAAUUAUUCGGGUGGUCAUGUCAGUUGAAGUGGUGAUCAUGAGGAUUUCUACUCUCCGCUUAUAGACUUGUAAUGUUGCCUUCAAUUGUUAUGUGAUGAUGAUGAAGUGUAAAUCACACUGGCAUAGUUUCUUCUUCUCUAUUUACAUACAUCUAUUAUUAUAGGUGUUCUCUAUUUCACUUGGCCUACCCAGAAUUCGUAAUCCAGUAUUUGUAUUCUCCUAACUUUGUUACUCAUGGGACUAUAGUGAUUAUGUUUACUAGUACUUUCUUCGA